AUGAUUAAGGAUCACUUUCUUCAUGCAGUUAUGCGGUAUGCAGUUCAAUAUCAUGUCCACGCUGGAAUCGCUGCUCCGCAGCCGGUACCUGACGAACGCACAGUAAUCGAGAAUAUGCAGAAACCGAACAUGCAGUUAGCGAGGAUCCACUGUAUCUGCAUCUAUUUAAGGCCCUGGUUCCCGACCGAACAUACGCAGGGCUCGCAUGUGUUUAUGAAACCGGAUGCCUUGCCAGCCGUGGACUAG